AAAGAUCUGGUAAAUAUUUUUAGAAAUUUGUUAAGAGUCAGGUGCCCAACUUGAAGCUGCUAAAAAGAGUGUAAUGAGUGAGUUAGGCCGGACUUGAUUUUAAAAUUUGUAAGUGUGGUGGUAAGGCCAUGCCCGAAGCCAAACAGGCUCAUGGCAUAUCUUUAGCUGGGUGGGCUUUUUUUUGGGCAGUAUUUCUAAAGGUGGAGUCGGUGCCCUAAUCUCUGCUAUCCUGUUUGCAUCCGCCUCUGCAAUGGACUCUUUGCUAGCCAACUAUGCUUCCUCCGACGACGAAGAAGAGCAACAACACCCACAACGUCGUCCACCUUUUCAUGUUUCCUCUCUCCCUCAACCCAAAUCUUCUUCCCUUUUCUCUUCUCUUACUCAGCCCAAACAACCUUUCAAAACCCCCAACAUCCCCGUCGUCGAUACUAACAGAAGAGAAGACGACGUUGGAAAAGUAGAUGUCGAAAUUCCGAAACCCUUUAUUCCUCAUCCCAAAAACCCAUCCAAUAUUUUCUCUUCUCUUCCCCAACCCAAAUCCCAAACCCCACAACGACAACAACCCGAUCCUCCCAUUGUCAAAAGAAUUGUUCAAUUCAAGCCUCCUGUAAACCCCAACAGCCUCGUUGACGACGAUGACGAUGAUUUCGAUGACGAAGAGAAAGAAAGACGAAGUCGCAGAGACUCCGAAAACCUGUCCCAAGGUCCUUCUGUUAAAUCCUUUCUAUCGAGCAUUCCUGCGCCCAGGAACUCGACUACGUUGGGUGUAGCUCCCUCUUCUGGUUCAGGAAGAAGAUCCAUUGUCGAAACCCAAAUGCCCACAUCGAUUUCAGCCACUUUUGAAGACAAAAAUGAGGCAAGUAUUAAUCAUAAUCCGCCAAAUUAUUCGAAUUACGAAUUGGGUACCGAUGCAAAUGCCGAAAACUCUAUGAAUUAUAAUGAUUAUGUCAAUUAUCAGUCGAGUAUUGAUCAAAAUUCUGGCAACUAUGGAAACUACGAUUUUGGUUCUGAUCAAAAUCUAGGCAAUUAUGCAAAUUAUGCAAAUUAUAAUAGCUAUCAAUCGAGUAGUGAUCCAAAUGUUGGGAGCAUUGAUGUUGCUACUACUUAUGGGAGUUAUGAGAGUCAUGGGAGUUACCAUGGACAAUAUGAGAAUAAUUGGGCUGAUGGGUCAGUGGCCACUGUGUUGCCAGAGACGACCGGGAUGGCUGAAAUUGGGGUGAAAUUAAAAGGAAAGAGAGGGAGGAAUGAGUUACCAACAGAAAUUGUUGAGGUGAAACAGGAUGAGCUUAUGAAGAAUCGGCCGAGGGAAGACCAGGUCAAGAUGACUGGAAUAGCUUUUGGGCCUUCUUACCAGCCAUCAAUUAGGGUACCAAAUUUGGGCAAGUACCUACUUGAUUCAGGAUAAAGAGGAGCUUAAUCUAGGAUCUGCAGAUUGGAUCUAGCUUCAGGGAAUGCAGCAUUUUGAGAAAUAUGUUAUUAAGUCUUAUUUUAUUUUUCUCUAGGAGGGAAGUUGGUUAUAUUUUAUUUUCUGUUGUCUUCAAGUAUCAUAGGUAGUGUGGUAAUUGCAGAUUUUAGUUCUUAGUUUUAGACUGUUUUGUCCAUUUGGUGGAUCUCAAGUCCUUAUAGUUACAGAAUCACUGGAACAUAAUAGAUGAGCCUGUUACUUCAAUUUUGUCCAUUUGAUUUGCAAGACUAUACAUCUUUGAUAUGAUUAUGUUAUUAUUAUUAUUAUUUUUAAAGAAAACUGUAAAAAUGGCGGCCAAAUGGAGCUGGUUAUGCAUGAUUAUUGUUGCUAAAUCAAUGUGUGUUAAUUUUUGGGGUAUUUACUUUAUGUUCACUUUGU